CAUCCCGACUUUAGCCCACAGAUAGAGAAGACAAGUUGUGUACGCUUUCCUCAGAGACAGCUCAGCUAUUCCUGUUCGUGGUGCAAUACUAGCCUUUUAUCACUGAGUCAUUAUCUGAAAUAGAGGACUGUAUCUUUCUGGGCCUAUGACAAGAGACAAAUAGUACGAGUCAAUCCUAUAGAUGGUGAUGCAGUGUGGUGUUAAACGUAAACAUAAUUACCUUGACAGUGAACACCAUAAAUCUCUCCUAGAACUUUCCAUUCAUAAACUUCAGGAAGAACAAGCCAAAUAUGGUAUUGAGCCACGCCUCCAUCGUUUUGUGCUCAUCAACAAUGCCUUGAAGUCAUUGCAAGUUUAUCUAUCUAAGCUAGAGGCGGACAACUUUUAUUUCUUUGAUUCGGAUAGUCACGAUUUCUUAGCCAACACGCUAAGUCAUGGGAUCCUCUCCUCGCCCGUGUCUCCUCCAACUCCAGUCAAAGUUAGUCGUUUUGAUAGCAAUCUCUUUUCAUCUAGUAGUCCUCUUGUAAACUCUUCCUCAUCAUCCUCUCUCAGUGUCAAUGAAACAGCUGAUACUAGUGAAUAUGGUUUAUCACCUCUCUCCCCUUAUCCUGUUCCUGAACCUACUCGUAGCAAGGACUCAAGCCCUAAGGCCGGUAGCAAGCGUAAAUCAGACUCACAAUCAAUAUCCGCUGAUACUGAUGAUACUGAUGAUGAUGGGGAAGACCCCAUUGGACCCUCUUCUAGUAAAAAGUUAAAAGCAUCUAGUGUACGUCCUAGGUCUCUUUCUCUUGGUGAGGAUUCCUUGCCGCUCUCAUCUUCGCCUUCUCUCUCAUCCUCUCCUUCCUCUAAUAAUUCAAUAUCAAGAACAGACGACCAUAUUUCAUCUGAUGACUCAAUUUCCUCUUCUCUGUCUCCCAUAGAUUUCUCUAAUGUUGAUGUUUCUUUGUAUGACUUUGAUGCCAGAGCUGCACUAACGCUUCCACCAGUCGCCACGACACCGAGAAACCCCAUCCCUUCAUCACUAUCCAUAUCAUCAUCUGCAACUGGUACAUACAUUGAGCCAGCAAUAGACAACAGUCCACAAACAGAAGCUAGUGAUAAGGGAAGUGUUGAGUGCAACAGUGAGAUUAGUUCUUCGACUGGUACCACAACCGUCUUAUCAUCGUCUUCCGAUGUUAGCGACUCAUCAUCACUUCUGGGCGUUUCUAACGAAACAUCCGAAGUCGAAAACUUGGACGAGAUUGAUAGAAUUGUAAGCCUCCUAAUGACAUGAAAGGGACUCUAUAUUACAACAAAGAAUUGAAGCAUCCUAUAGUCAUCAUUUUAUUUCUUCAGUCUAGUUUUGUCUCACUUGCUUGUUGUGGUCUGUCCCGUUAGUUCUUAUGUAUUUUAAAUCACUUCCAUUCAGCUACUAUUCUCUUUUUUUAAUCACAAAGUCUUCCCCUCAAGUGAGAGAAUAACAAAUAUCUAUCUAUACUAUCUAUACUAUACACAGGAAGCUUCAUAAUUACGAUAUAGCAUAUCAUGCAUUAUUUCUGAAUCUUUUUUCCUCUCUUUCUCUACCCACCUCAUUCAUUCAUCCAUUCACAUUAUGUCUUGCAUUUUCCCCUUUCCCCACUUUUUGGCAAAGCUGUAAUUUAUUGUAUAAUUCAUCCCAACCAAUAUUAUUACUAAUGAGAAUUUAUUGUCAAAUUUAUUAUUAUAAUGGUUGUCAACCUUCUCUCUCUUUUUAUGCAAAGUGUUUAUAGUUUUUUCUUUUGUCCUUCCAGCCUCUGUUUAAAGUAAAUUUAAUUUGUGUAUUAUAUAAAUAUUAUUAUUAUGAUAUCAUUUUAUGUAUAUUGAAAAGACGUUAAAUUUCAAUUAUUAUUAUUAUUAUUAUUAUUAUAAUUUAUGUCAAUCACUGUAUAAUAAGUUCUUUGAGUGAUAUCAAUUAAAAUC